AUGUCGUCUUACUCGGGUUCAAGCACAGGCCAGACGCACUCUGGUUCGGGCGCUGGCUCGGAUCAAAUGUUCUUCAGAGUAGACUCAAGCCGAGCUUCUUCUAGAUCAGGUUCAAGUCGGGCGUCUUCUGGCUCGUUUUCAAGCCAUUCAUCAGUGAGCACAAAUCCAAGUCGAGUAUUUUCCAACUCAGGCUCGAGCAGUUCGUCAGUGAGCUCAAACUCAAGCCGCACAUCCGGCAGCUCGGUCUCAAGCCAAAUGUCUUAUGGCUCAAGCUCAAGCGGAAGAUCAUCCAAUUCAGGCUCAGUGCAAUCAGCGGCUGACGAAUGGGAACCUUACAUUGAUACCAGAACAUACGCACACAGAGGACAUAAUAAGCUUGGCUGGCCCGGCCCGCGACUUGGAGAAGAUCCACUCGUAACAGCACAUGCUGAUAAGACGAGUGAUAAAAUGGAAAGGAAGGCUAAGGCAGAGAGGAAAAUUCAGUCGGAAAUGAGGAAGAAGGGAGGUUAUUACAUUGAGGAUGAUUCCGCAUAA